GGUUGCCAUAGCAGCAAAGAAAAAUGGCGGACGCUUUUCUCGGAUUGCUGGCUCCGUGGACUGAUGCCGUCCCUCGAUGAAGCUUGUCGAAUGCAUUUCGCCGACUGAAAUGUGGGAGCCUACGAAGAACAAGAAGUACGGCGUUGUGGUGUGCUUCUAUCGCGGAAACACGAGGCACGGCCUCCCCCUGUCCGUCGGAGAGACCGUCCACAUCCUGGAAGAAUGUUCGGGCUGGUACAGGGGAUUCUGCUUGAACAACAAGUCAGUCAAGGGAAUUUUCCCAGCAUCAUGUGUGAGGCUAAAGAGCUUCCGAAUCAGCAAUGAAGGGCCGUACGAGACGGUGGUCGGUGCAGACGAACCGACGGUGUUUGAGGCGGCCUGCGUGCUGCGAGAGUGGCACCCUGUCUGGAAGAAGCUCUACCUGGAGCGGGACAGCGUCAAGUUCCUGGCCAUCCAGAAGGUGAUGUGCGACCUGCUGGAGUGGCGCCGGCAGAUGGUCACGGGCAAGCUGACCCAGGACCAGAUGUGGGACCUCAAGGUCAAGAUGACCGCCAAGAUCGACUGGGGAAACAGACUGCUGGACAUGGACCUUGUUCCGCGAGUGGAGUGCGCCGUCGUGGAUCCCGACAUGCUGAGUCCCGUGGAGCUGUACCAGGUGCACUUGGAAAGUGUAGACAACAUUGGAGGGCCUGCGGGGAGCACGCUGCGUCGCCGGGAGAAGGCGGUGUCGCGUGCGGCCCAGUCGCAGCAACUGUACCUGGCCAUGCGGGACUUCAGCUACAACCCCGGGGAGAACCUCGAGCUGCGCUUUGCUCUGUACGAUGCGCACGACGCCCAGUUCCUCAGUGAGAACUUUCUAGUCAGAAUCGCCAAAUGUGGCCAGUCCAACUUCCUCACUAAUCACUUCACUGUGUUCACGGACGUAGGCAAGCCCGACGUCGACGGGCAGGUGUACCUGGUCGUACAAGUGCUCAGGACGGGCCGCUUGCAGAGUGACUCCAAGAAGGGGGCUGGCCAAGGGUACCGGAGGCCCCUGGCCUGUGGAGUGCUCGAGGUGACCAGCCUUCUCAGGGAGAAUGGCAGUGGGCUCAGCAGGGAGAUGGAGCACACCAUCAAGCUCUUCGUAUGCAAUGAGUCUGAUUUCCACCAGCUGCACGAGCUGAUCAUCAAGAAGAUGAGCCACAAGUACAACAUGCUCCCGGGGCAGCCCAACCUGGGUCUGGUGGUGACCCUGUGCUCGCUGCAAGGAGAGCUCUCGCAGCUGCAGCAGGAAAACCCCGUGCUCCUCAAGAGCGCCAUCAUCACCCGCAAGAGGGGCUUCCCGGAUGUCAUCAUGCCCGGGGAUGUGCGCAACGACCUGUACCUGACCCUGGACAGGGGCGAGUUUGAGAAGGGGGGCAAGUCGACCGGCAAGAACAUUGAGGCCACGGUGCUGCUGGUGGCCGCCGAUGGACAGCUGCUCCAGGGUUGCCUGAGUUCCGGGACGGGGGAGGAGCCUUGCUCCGAGUUUCGCUCGCUGGUGCUGUACCACAACAACAACCCACGCUGGUCAGAUACCGUCAAGGUUUCCAUCCCCAUGGAAAUGUUUGAUGGCUCCCACAUACGAAUCGAGUUUCGACACUGCUCCGCGCGUGACAAGGACCGCCGCCUCCUGGGGUUCUCGUUCCUCCCGCUGAUGGACGAGCAGGGCACCAUCAUCCGCAACGGCAGCCACGAGCUCUACGUCUACAAGGCAGACGACAGCUGGCAGAAGGCCCUGGAGGCGGCCCAGUACCGGGGCCUGGCCACGGGGCCCCGCUCGGGCGACGGGCUGGUGCCUGGCUCGCAGGGCGCCGGGGCGGGCCGGAGUCCCCGGGAGGCGCUGCACGUCACCACCCUGCUCUGCUCCACCAAGCUCACCCAGAACGGUGCCCUUUUGUCACUGCUCAAGUGGAAAGUGCAUCCCGACAGAAUUGAAAACGCCCUCAACAACGUCAUCAAGCUGGACGGCGAAGAAAUUGUCAAGUUCCUGCAGGACAUUCUGGACGCCCUGUUCUCCAUGUUCUCGACGGGGGACGGGAACUCGACCGCCUGCUCGGGACUCGUCUUCAAGACCCUGGUUUAUAUCCUGAGCUUGCUGGAGAGCCCCAAGUUUGAGCACUUCAAGCCAGUCAUGGACGCCUACAUCACCAGCCACUUUGCUGCAGCACUCGUCUACAAGGGUUUGCUGAGCUGCGUGGCCCACUGCGCGGAGCUGAUCUGCGACACGGAGGAGCACGCCGCCAUCCAGCACUGCUUCCGCUCGCUCGAGCACGUCUUCAAGUUCAUAGUCCAGUCCAGGCUCCUGUUUGCCAGGGCGACGGGAGACCCCAACGAAGAGGCCUUUUGGGGAGACCUGCACGAGCUCUUCUGCUCCUUCGAGAAGAUGCUCUCUCUGGAAGGGGACUCCAAGGUUCUGCCCAUGCAGGUGUCGCUGGUGCACAGCCUGAGCGGCAUGUACGAGCAGCUGGUGCAGGUGCUGCCCCUGCAGGGGGUGGCUCGCCUGGUGCGCCUCAGCCUGUCCUGGCUGGCCCCCCGGCCGCACCUGGACCUGGCGCAGGCCCGGCUGCGCUGCAUCCAGCGCACCGCCAAGGGCCCCGUCUUCGCUGGUGCCGUGGGGGAGACCCGCCGGGAGCUGCUGGAGGCCUUUGUGGGGCCCCUGCGGGAGCAGCUGUGCCUGGGGCUGGAGCUGCGGCUGUGCACCGAGGUGCUGGGGGACCUGCUGUCGGCCCUGCACAGGGGCGGCCCUGGUCAGGACCUGCCCGUGCUGGCCCUGCUCGAGCCCCUGGUCAACACCCUCUGCGAGCUGGACGCCGACUCCCCGGUCAUGGGUUGGCUGAUGUCCUGCCUGCUGAGCCUGCUGCGGCUGAUGGAGGAGAGCCACUACCUGGCCCUGUGGGACCGGCUGCGGCGGGAGGAGGGCUCCCUUCGGGGCUUCCUGGCGCACACCGUGGCCCUCUUGCACGGCGUGCUGCUGCAGGACAUCUUCCCCCGGGACUGGAUGGUCAUGCGCACCGUGGCCAACCACGUGGCCCUGGGUGCACUGCAGGAAUUCUCACAGGUGCUGACGUCCGACUUUCUGGAACCUUUUGACCAGGAACUGUGGCUGCAGUACCUGACCUUGGCCGUGGCCUUCCUCACCCAGCCUUCCCUGCAGCUGGAGAGCUUCUCAAGCGUCAAGCGGGAGAGGAUGCUCGAAAGGUACGGCGACAUGCGAGUGCUGAUGGGCUUCCAGAUCCUGGCCCUCUGGAACAAGCUCGGCUGCCACAAGGCCUGCUUUGUGCCGGCCAUGGUGGGCCCCUUCCUGAAGAUGACCCUGGUGCGGGAGACGGAGCUGCGCAAGGCCACCCUGCCCAUCUUCUUCGACAUGAUGGACUGCGAGCAAGCCGCCAGGGGAAACUUCCAGCAGGUGGAGUCUGAGCUGAUCGACAAACUGGACAUCCUCGUGAGUGAGAGCAGUGGAGACGACGAGUACCGACAGCUCUUCCACACCAUACUUCUAGAAAAGGUCCGCUGCAACGAGCCCGUCUGGAAGGAGAACGGGGUGAGCUUCAUCAGCUCCAUCACGCGGCUUCUGGAGAGACUGCUGGACUACAGGAACGUCGUGGAGGGGGCGGAGAACCGAGACAAGCGGAUGAGCUGCACCGUCAACCUGCUCAAGUUCUACCGCAGCGAGAUCCAGCGCCAGGAGAUGUAUGUGCGCUACGUGUACAAGCUGUGCGACCUGCACCUGCCAGCCGAGAACUUCACGGAGGCGGCCUUCACGCUCAAGCUGCACGCCGACCUGCUGUCCUGGUCGGGGGACCCGCUGCCGGCGGACGAGAGGCACCGGGAACAGCCCCAGUGGCAGCGCAAGGAGGCCCUCUACCUGCGCAUCCUCAAGUACUUCGACCAGGGAAAGUGCUGGGAAGAAGGAAUUCCUCUGUGCAAGGAGCUGGCAGAACUGUACGAGAAGAGACUGUUCAACUACGAGAAGCUGAGCUCUAUCCUCAAAAUGCAGGCCCAGUUCCUGGACAACAUCCUGACCCAGCUGAGGCCCGAACCGGAGUACUUCCGAGUGGGCUUCUACGGACUCGGCUUUCCCGUCUUCCUCCGUAACAAGGUGUUUGUCUACCGGGGCCUCGAGUAUGAGAAAGUGGUGGCCUUCACUCAGCGCAUGCAGAGCCAGUUUCCCCAGGCACAGCUGCUGACCAAGAACGCCCCGCCCGACAUCGGCAUCCUCGGCUCGGACGAGCAGCACCUUCAGAUCUGCAGCGUAAAGCCCCUUCCCGAGCGCCGGCCAGAGUUUGACGGCCGCGAGGUGCCGGACAAGGUGCUCAACUACUACCUGGUGAACGACGUCCGCAUGUUCCAGUUCGAUCGUCCCAUCCACAAGGAGCCCAUCGACAAGGACAACGAGUUCAAGAGCCUGUGGAUCGAGCGCACCACCCUGGAGACGGAGGAGCGCCUUCCCGGGGUGCUCCCCUGGCAGGCGGUGGUGCACCAACGCCUCCAGGAGGUGCCUCCGCUGGUGCACGCCUGCGAGAGCGUCGAGGCCAUGAACCAGGAGCUGCGCCGCCUGGUGGCGCUCUUCUCGAGGGAGCCCUCGCGGGGCAUCGCGCCCCUCAGCAUGCGCCUGGCCGGGGUCAUAGAGGCGGCCGUCAAUGGUGGCAUCGCCAAGUACCAGGAGGCCUUCUUCGGGCCCCGCUUUGCCCUCGACCACCCCGAACAGGCACCGCACAUCACCAGGCUCAAGGCCCUCAUCCUGGACAAGGUGCACAUCCUGGAGGGAGGGCUUUCCCUGCACGGCAGACUGGCCCCUCCGGAGGUGCUUCCCCUGCAGCGGCGCCUGGUGGACCGCUUUGUGAUCAUGAAGCAGUCGGUGCGCGAGGCCGCCUCUCCCGGGCCGAGCUCCAGGGGCUCCCCGGGGGCAGAGAGCAGGAGGCCGUCCAUCCUCAGCUCUCCACUGCCCCCGGUGCCCCCGGGCAAGAGGCCCGCAUCGUGCGAGCCGUGCGGGGGGAGCACCCGUUCUUCCUCGUCUGGCUCGAGCGUCUACGGCCAGCUGCUGCUGCUGCCCGAGGACUCGGACGACUGCAUCUACAGCCGCCUCCAGGAGGAGCCCGGGGGAGGAGAAGGGAGGCCUCUGGACCUGGCGGCUCCCCCAAUUCCGUCGCGGCCACGCUCGGUCAGCCUCACGGCGCCGGACCAGAAGCUGAGCCUGGCCGAGCAGCAGACGGGGAGGGCCCACCGGAGAGAGCGGUCGGACGGGUCCAGCCACGCCUUCUACAGCUCUCCGACGGCGAGGCCGGGCAGCGAGCACCACAACAGCCUCCUGAGGGAGCACAGGGAGGAGGCCUGCCCUCCCCCACUGCCUCCCCGGGUGGUGGACAGGGGCUCGUCGCUGCUCGAUCCCGACCCGGUGGACUUUGCGAGACCUGCCCUGCCCAGCCGUUCGGGGAGGAAGGAGACCAACGUGAGCGAGCCGUCGAGCGACGCAGUUUCGAGUGGAGGUCCGGAGCUGGUUCCGCCGCCUCUUCCCUGCAAGCGGCUGGGCUCUAACCGGGCAAGCGACGCCCUCGUCGGGACUCCGGACGUCUGAGCCAGAGCAACAUUCCACGAGCAUCGGGGGCAGGCGACCACCUUUUGCUACUUUUCUACCUGGUCGCGUAGCUUUUUUGACCCUGUCGCGUAGCGGCAACUUUUGAAAGACCCGUUUCUUCCGAAACCUGUCUCGUGUUAUUUGUUUGCGAUGGGGUAAGGGGGAAGUGUAAGUUGGGGCAAGUUUUUAUCGCAUAAUUUCAGGCUGCUAGAGCAUUUUGAGCACUGGUAAGUAGAGGGUGACCCACUUCCAAAGGAAAGCAUAACCAUUGGGAGACGAGACAUUCAGAGACCGAUAUCGAAUGGCAAUUCUGUCCACAAUGGAAAGAGCAGAAAGGCUAAGAAGCCAUGCGGAAAGUACAGAGUUUCCAGUCUCCCAAGCCUUACGGUUUUUCAAUGCUUGUUUGUGUGCUCUUCGUGUUGCUCUCACUUUUUGCUUGUUUUAGUCUCGUUUUCAGACUUGUUCAAUUGACACUGGAUUGUUUUUAUUUUAUUUUUUUCUGUAUGACUUGUUUUUCAUUGGUUGUACUCACUGUUAUUAGUGCAUGCAAAAAGAAAUUGUUGCCAAAUUCUGGAAUUUUCGAGAGCACUUUGAAGGGUGUUUAGACCACGAGGCUCGAGACGUACAUUGCUUAGAAUUGUUCAUAAAUGAAGCUCAGUCUGACUACGGUAUUUAAAGCGGUACUUUUCCCCUUGAAUCCUGUUGGGUUUUUCCUGAUAAGAUUUAAUGAAGCUGUGACGACGCUUUGCCGUUGCAGCAUCUUCUGCGAAUAAGUGACACCUUGCGUUUUCAUUCUGUAAAUUCUGCACUGUCUCAAUACCAGCUGUAAAUACAUGUCACAGAUUUGCUCUCUCGCUGCAGAAGGGUGUAUGUGAUCAUGGAAAGGUGACACCCUUUAUAGGAUCUGGUGUCAUUUUCCAUCAAUUACGUAUGUGCGGGGUUAUUGGAGUUUUUUUUAGAGAAACAUAAUAUAUACAUUGAAUUUAGAGUGUCUUGUCUUGGGCAGCACACGUCUCUUUUUUUAUCAGCUACAAGGAGACGUUUGUGAGGCUGUUUGAAAGCCCAUGGCAGUUCCACAAAAGGCCUUCAGGCAUACAUAGCCUAGGUCUUCCCUGUGCUCUGCAGCUCCCUUCUUUACCAGCUUUGCUAGCACUGGUGAGCUGCUCAUGUCACCUUUCAUCAUCCUUCUUGCAGACUUUUCUACUCUUGUCUGCAAGGAGCUGUAUUGCACGUGCCGACCAUGACCAGCUUGAAAGUCUCGGUCAGGCAGCUGUGAUUUCUUGCCGACAGAGAGAAACUUGUCUUUAGAACUGGAUUCUGGCUUUUUGUUUGCCAACACAUUCCACUGCACCGUGCACACAUGACACAGUUUUUAGACAUCUUGGUUGGGAAACCCUUGCAAAUUUUUAGGCAUUAGGUUUUGCUGAUUGCAGGAAGGGGAGACUUUAGAAAAACCAAGUUAGCUUUAAUGACAAAGCUUGUCAAUCCAUUCUUAAGCUUUAUUUGCAACAGUUCGAACCCGUACUGCUUACAAAUUGCACCUGGCGCACAUUGGCAGUUUUUAAUGUUUUUUAGGCGGCACCAUCACUCGCAAUUCCGAAAAAACCACAAAGCAGUUUUGGUCGGCUUUGUGGAACUUUAAGACAGGUAGUCUGGGUGUCUCCGUUUUCCUAGUGGCCUCCUCGUACGAUCCAAUUGGUUCUCCGAUACUGUCGACUGUGCACCUCCGAGUUUUUCCCGAGGAAAAAUUCCCCCGUGACAAGAUGGAAAGCUUCCAGACCAGUGCUGUCUAUUGACCCUGGCACGUAACGACAGACGCAGCUAGACAAAUGAUGACGUGGCUCGGGUUGUGGGGCCUAGUGCUCGACACCGGAGGGUUUUGAUUAUACACGGUGGAUUCUUCCUUCUCACAUUGAUCUCUGUGCCGAGAUUUCCAGCAUUCCUUUCGGAGUGUAAUUUUUUCACCCCCAUUUCCAGGAUUGAGACCAGUUUUCAUGUCGCUGCUACUCGAUACGCUUGCUCAGGGAGACUGCGGUCAAUGUCUCCGGCAGGAAUCGAGAUGCAGCUCCUUUUUUGCAGCUGGAGGCCAAGCCUAUGAGCUGUCUGCACUAAAUCCGUGCCUUUAAUGCCUGGUUUAAUGCCUGCCACACAAUGAGCUAUACUCGGCAUCAAAAUUGUUUUGAGCUACGCUGUCGAGGCUCUCACAGUUUCCGCAGCCCCACACUGCUGCGAGAGCAUGUCACUUCACCUUGCGUCUCGUUCACUUGUGCAAAGGGGACGCUAAACGAAGCUACGUGCUCGCACAAGGAGCUUUGACAGCUUCACCGAAAAAACUAUGCUAGCCUCGACGGCGCAAGCUUGCAGCGAGCGUAGAGACACGGGUCUGGGGAGUGUCACAGGACGCACGACAUUGGUGCAGUCUGUUCAUUCUUUGGCUGUAGUGAAGGCCAGAGGGACCUUUGACUCGGACAUCCAUUGCCACUUUACCCUCCGGAGUUCUUCCAGCGCUCUGGGUACUUUUGAUAUUGAAGGAAGCGAAAUGUGCGGUGCCGACUGAUGAUUUCCCUUCUGGCAGGACAGUGGGUCUUCUGGAAGCAUCACAUAUCAUUGAAUGAAAGGCACCUUGCCUUCUUCGUAGGUAGUCUGCUGCAGACUGAGGUCACCCUUUUUUGGCUGCACCGUGUGCAUGCAGUUGCCAGACACUUCCUGCGCUGAAUCUCACAUCGGUUAGCCAGCUCACUGGGACUGACACGCAACUGACCUUCGUACCACCGCUACUGCAACAACCCCUGUUGUGUCUGUCGUACUUUCUGUACUCUGCGGACAAGCUGUGACCAACUGAUCUUUUGUGCACAUCAAUCGGUACUUUGGCCAUGUACCUGUUGUAACGGCGUCGCUCCUGUGGUACUUGCACAUUCUGUGUGUGUGUGCAUGAGAUGUUGUGAAAACGAGCCUGUCUAGUCACACGAGUGUUAUGUUUGCGGACGGCAACUGCGGCUCGGCCGAAACUGUAACAUAUCAUUGUCGUGCGACCUGCCGUAUGGUCGAACACGACGUGCGAGACGAGAGGGUGAACAAAAUCUUUAUAGCAUACCCGAUUCGAAUGUUACCUCUACAGGAACACUUUCUGAUAUAAGUGGGGUUGACGUGUUGAGUGCCGACAAACAAUUAUUUUCAUACUGCAGCCUCGCACGAGGAGAAAAAAAUGUUUUGUACGGGAUGUGAUGCUGUGUACUAUUUAUUGUCGUAAAUCUACAAUAAAACUCGUUUUGUGAUGCAC